GCUCCGAGCUGCCGCCAAGGUGCCAGGGCGAUUUAUCUGCAUUUAUUAUCUGCAACACGCCUGCCUGCUUUUUAUAUCGGACGCCGGCAAGCGUCCUCCUCGUUCCCUCACGGCGUCCUCUCGCCAUACACCGCAUUGUACUCGCUCGCCUCUUUAAGAUUCCUUGUUCAUUCUUUCCUGCUGGCAACCACCACGAUGAUACCAAACUUCCUCUCAGUCCUCACGAUAGCUGCUACGGUCUUGUUGUCGACGACAGGCGCGUCUGCACGGCUUCCAAGCAGUACACUUCACCACAGGCGGCAUGUUAUGGGUAUGCGUGACAUCAGCCUCUUUGCGAGAGACGCACCAAGGCUGCUCGCCAGGGAGGACUGUGAACCCGCCGACCCGCAAAAUACUGUGACUGAUCGGUUGAACACGCUGCUCAACUCAUCUGGACCCGGGUAUAGGCUGCCGCUAUGCCCGAACACCGAAUAUUACAUCACUGCACCAAUCAUCUUCUAUGCUGAGGGACAGGAAAUCAGCACCGUAGGCUACCCGGUAGGAGACGAGCGUGCAACACUCGUUGUGUCCGGACCCGUCUUCAACGGUACGGGACAUACCACCGCUAUAUACGGCAAUUGUGCCGGCUGCAGCAACCUCAAGUUACUCAACAUUCAGAUCAAUGGCACGCGCGGGAAUGGAAGUGCAAUCAUCGGUGACGCAAACAUUGAGAUGGGCGGAGACAAUUCCGGCCAGCUGAUCGAAUACGUUCACUCAUUUGAUCCGCGGGGCUGGUCUUGUUUACACAUCGCCGAGGGAACUUUCAAGUGUGAUAACAAUACCGUGCAAAACAACGACAUCGGUCCGUGCGGUACCGAUCUGUUCCAGCAGUGGGCAGACGGCAUCAGCGUCAGCUGCAUGAAUGCUGUGGUCCGCAACAAUAUGGUCCGCAACCCGACGGAUGGUGGUAUUGUCCUUUUUGGGUCUCCCGGCACACUUGUGGAGAACAACACAAUUUGGAUCGAAAAUAACACACUCUUGGGCGGGAUCAACAUGGUGGACUACGACCCGUGGGAAGGAAACUACACGAACACUAUUGUGCGAAACAAUACCAUCCUAGGAGGUUUCGCGACCAAUAAUGAGACGUCUGGUGAAAUUUACGGCACCAAUGCAGAUGAUGUCAUCGUCAAGAUCGGCAUCGCGAUCGGCCCGCGCACCUGGUUCGGGAACCAAUACUACAACAACGUCAGCUCAUCGGGCACAGUGCUGAACAACCAGCUGACGGGCGCGUUUGGGUACGGGAUCGCGAUGUCCUCCGCGUACAACUUCACCGUCGAGGGGAACACUCUGAUCGGGAACACCACUUUCAUCGGCAGGCGCGGACCUAACUGCUCGACCGAUGAGACCAUCCCAACCUCAUCGCCGUUUGUCAUCGACCACAGUCUCGUCUCCGACUCGCGCGAGCAGUCCAACUUCCGGAACAUCACCGAUGGCGAUGGCCUGACGUGCAUCUUCCCUCCAGACGGCGGAGACUGGUGGCCGUUCGGUGGGAACCCAACGGCGAACUCGAACUCGUCGUCGAGUCCGGGAUCCUCGGGCUCGGGCUCAGGAUCCGGCCCUUCGACGUCUACGUCGAAGCAUGGGCUCUCUGGCGGCGCGAAGGCGGGCAUCGCAGUCGGCACCAUCCUUGGCUUCUUCGCACUGCUUGGAGCGGCAUUGCUCAUUCGCCGAUGGGCCUUGGCGCGUUCAGGUAGGGGUGCCAACGCCCAGUUGUGGCGGAGAUCUGGGUACUUCAACGCGAGCAAGGAAGGCUGAUGUCUCUCCCUUACCUAUGCAGUUUUCCGGGCAUUAUACUGUUACAUUACACCUUGGUAUUGUUGUUGUGCAAUCAUCCUAUCCUGUGGCUCCUGACGACAUCUAACGAUGUUCUUGCAUUCUUACGCAGCUGCGGCAUGUAAUUGACCACGGACUGUAUAAUCUACAGGAUCUACAUACCAUCCAGGCCACAUCCGUAUAUCUUCUCUCCGCCUAGGUUUAGACUGUACAAUCCACAGGAUCUACAUAUCAUUCAGGCCACAUCCGUA